AUGUGGAGUAUAGAGACGGAAAGACACCGGACUUGACUCCAUCACUGACACAUUUCAUGAGGAUUGAGUUCUGUACCUCUUCAUUACCGGUCCCUCUAACACGCAUAACCCAAAGUUUAAGGGCAUCCCACCGCAGAAAUGGGCGGCGGAUGCUUCUUCUCGAAGAUACCGGCAGACGAACAAACCGGCGACUUUGAGGAGAGCAGGAGGCGUCUUUGCGGGAUAUACCCAUCUUCUAUGAGCCCCGAUCGAAUAUAAAUACAGCUGCCUCUUCCCCUUUCCUCAGACAAUCAUCAGCACAGAGACAACACCAGCUUCACUUCCAAUACAACACUACUCUCCAUCUUCACCACUAUCACCAAACCACCAACACAAUCUUCUUCAAAAUGGUCCGCAUCAUCUCCGCCGCCGUCGCCUUCCUGGCCUUCUUCGCCACCACCGAGGCCUGCGCCGGUUGGUACCAGUGCAAGUACAAGGACGGAAGCCACUGCUGUGUGAUUGACAGCGGCCUCGGCGCCGGUGGAUGCCCUUCCAAGUGCGACGGUGGCUCCAAGUGGCCUGCGGAGUGCAUCAGCCAGACCACCGGCAACUCCCGUACCGAGUGCGGCAAAUAAAUUGCUGAAGCUGGAUGUUCAUGGCGGAAGACGGCGCUGGUUUCUCGGCUUCGUGAGCAGAGAGCUACGGCGCUGAUCUCAAGGCCAUGGGUAUUUAGCUCGGAAGGGUGAUUGGAACCGAUGUAGGGGGCCUUCACUUUCUGUCGUGGGUGAGAGAAUGGUAAAGAUGGGAGGGUGGUUGGCUGCUUCGUAACUCAGGGGAGGAAUACGCUUCAUGCGGAUCUUCCAGGGGAGGUGUACAAGUAGAUCAGUUUGCCAGGUAUACACACGGCAAACGGCUGCCGACCUGUAAAAUACGAGCACAAGUCAAAGGCGGGUAUUGCGAGUAGGGAAACAUCAGAACUGAGUGUCGAAUUCGUGCC